AUGGCUACCAGCGGGCCUCCGUUUAGAGGAGAGAGUUCCUGCAGAAAAAGUCCCAGGAGGGUCUCUGACUGGUCCAGCUUAGGUCACGUGCCUACCCUGAACUGGGGCAUGGGGAACUCAGGCCAGGCCUUGCCCACAUCCACCUGUGGUCACAGGCGCUGUGGCAACGCCCCCCUCAGGACCUUACAGAAGCGGGUGGGGCAGUUCCCUGAGAGCAGUGCCCCCUGUGUGGACCCUCCUUUCCAGCCGCUGUGUCUCUGCACCUGCUGGCCCCUCUCCCUCUUUGGAAUGUGGGCAAAGAGACUGUCAGGUCACGACUGUUCUGCGAGGGCCCAGGUGCCUCAUGGAGAGGAAUGA